UAUAUAAAUAUUAUCUGGGAGAUGGUUUUUAAUUUUCGGGGAUCUCAUGUCUUUACGUGUAUUAAGCAGCAUUCUUGGCUCAUAUCAUUCAUUUGACACGAGGAGUUGGGUUUCACUUUGUCUACUUUGAUUGUCGGUGGACUCUUAUGUUUCUUAUAGCUAUUUUAGAGCUCGUUCUUUACCACUAUCUGUCAUUUAUUAAACAUUAUUUUUUUUAAAUUUUCACUGACCAUAUCCUCUUAUUUUGUGGAACAUAUCUUGUAAAUAUGUUGUUAACAAGUUUAUUUGCCUUUAUCUUACUUGGAAACUUUACUGAAGGAGGCUGGAUCAGGUCAUGCUGAUAGCACAAAAAUGAUGCACCAGGCCGUAAUUUCUCUUUUUGAGUCUCAAUGGAGCACCCUGCAAAUGGUUGUACUGAGAGAGAUUCUGCUAUCUACUGUCCGUGCUGGAGAUCCUCUUGCUGCCUGGAGUGCAGCUGCACGGCUGCUUAGGUCAUAUUAUCCUUUAAUUACACCUGUAGGGCAAAAUGGUCUUGCUAGUGCACUUUCAAAUUCAGCUGAUAGGCUGCCUUCUAGAACACGCUCUGCUGAUCCUGCUCUACCUUUCAUUAGAUUGCAUUCUUUUCCCCUUCAUCAAUCACAAAUGGACAUUGUUAAGCGGAAUUCAGCUAAAGAAGAUUGGUGGGCUGGAUCAGCUCCUUCUGGACAUUUUAUAUACACACCAUUCAGCAAAGGAGAGCCAAAUAACAACAGUAAACAGGAGUUGAUUUGGGUUGUUGGGGAACUUGUUGAAGUUUUGGUUGAGUUGGAAAACCCUUGUGGCUUUGAUUUGAGGGUCGAUAGUAUUUAUCUGUCUGUGAAUUCAAGAAAUUUUGAUCCUUUCCCUGUUACUGUUAAUCUUCCAACUAAUUCCUCAAAGGUUAUUGCCUUGUCUGGGAUUCCAACAUCAGUGGGGCCUGUGACAAUUCAUGGGUGCACUGUCCACUGCUUUGGUGUUAUUACAGAACACCUGUUUAAGGAUGUUGACAACCUGCUCCUUGGAGCGAUGCAAGGACUUGUGCUCUCUGAUCCUUUUAGAUGCUGUGGGUUUGGGAAGUUGAAGAAUGUAUCAGUUCCAAAUAUUUCUGUGGUACCACCACUACCUUUGCUGGUAUCACAUAUUGUUGGUGAUGGUGCAAUUAUUCUACAUGAAGGUGAAAUUCGUGACAUUUGGAUACGUCUGGCAAAUGCUGGCACAGUUUCAGUUGAGCAGGCCCAUAUUUCACUAUCAGGGAAGAACCAAGAUUCUGUUAUCUCAAUUGCGAGUGAAACCUUACAAUCUGCAUUGCCUUUGAAACCUGGUGCAGAAGUGACAAUUCCUGUGACCUUAAAAGCACGGAGACUUGGUGUAGGGGAUGUUGAUAUUGCUGGUGGAAAGAGUGCCUCUGGAAGUAUAGUGAGGCAUUCCAAGGAUGGAAGCAGUCCUGUGUUGCUGAUCCAUUAUUCAGGUACCUUUUUUGUUGCACUUCUCUUUUACUUUUGA